AUGAAACUUCUUACGAACAUUGGCACAUUGCUGGCCCUUGGGCCGGUCCAGCAUGUUUCGGCGACACCCCACGCGCCUGGAGAACACUACAACCUUGUCAGACUUGAAGGGUAUGGCAGUGUAUCUGGAACAACUGUCAAUAGUACCCUGACCAAGAAGGAUCUCCCCGCUCCUGUGGAUGCUUGGAUGGGCAUCGACUACGCGCUCCAGCCCACGGGUCAUCGACGUUUUAAAGCAGCAGAGUGGCCCAAACCUUUCAAGGGUGUCAAACGCGCUGACAGCUAUGGAAAGACAUGUAUCCAGGAAAUCACAGCCAAGACGCCUCUCGAGUCACAAAGCGAGGCCUGUCUUAACUUCAACGUGUUUCGAACCCAAGGCGUGCCGUUGACUAAGAAGCUCCCCGUCCUCGUGUGGAUUCAUGGCGGUGCAUUCUUUUCAGGAAGCUGGGCCAGUUUUGACGGCGCUGCAUUCGCAGCUUCAUCCAUGGAACCCAUCGUCGUGGUCAACUUCCACUACCGCGUCAACUCGCUCGGCUUUCUUCCAUCCAAACUCUUCCAAGAUGAGGGUCUUUCUAAUCUCGGCAUUCGUGACCAGCGACUCAUGUUGGAGUUUGUCCAGAGACAUAUUGAGGCUUUUGGAGGUGACAAGGAUGCUGUUACUAUCGGCGGUUGCUCUGCUGGUGGUCACUUAACUCUCUCCUUUAAAAAUUUUUCCUAA